AUGGCAUUGGAGCUCCCAGACAUACAACAGAAGGCUCAGGACCAGGGGAAGGAGGCGGUGAAAGAUGUUCUUUUUGGCUCUCUUGCCGGCAUAGCAGGCAAAUACAUAGAGUACCCUUUCGAUACCGUCAAAGUUCGCCUACAAUCACAGCCAGAUGGCAUUCCCCUCCAAUAUAAAGGUCCAAUUGAUUGUUUUCGCCAAUCCUUCAAAGCUGAAGGCGUGCGGUGGCUGUAUCGUGGCAUAAGCGCACCCUUGUUCGGAGCCGCCGUCGAGACCAGCAGUUUGUUCUUCAGCUACAGAGUCACCCAGGAAAUCUUGCAGUCGACUAUUUAUUCCCCCUCCGAGAAGCUGCCAUUUUCGGCCUUAAUAACCUGCGGCGCCGUCUCCGGAGCGUUUACCUCCCUCCUCCUCACGCCCAUCGAGCUCAUCAAAUGCAAAAUGCAAGUGCCAAGGAUGACGGAAGCCGGGCUGCGACCCCCCGGUCCCUUAGCCUUGAUUGUCUCCGUUUUUAAACACAAUGGAUUACUUGGCUUCUGGCGUGGCCAAAUGGGAACGCUCAUUCGGGAAACGGGAGGUUCCGCCGCAUGGUUUGGAGGGUAUGAAGGCGUAUCUGCUCUCUUCCGAAAAUACAACGCGCAAAAUUCGCCGGUUGGUUCGUCUGAUAUGCCGAAACCGCUACCAUUAUACCAGCAGAUGCUUUCCGGGGCCGCUGCCGGCGUCAGUUAUAAUUUCAUUUUCUAUCCCGCGGACACCAUCAAAUCCCGCAUUCAAACCGAAGACAUUGCCGCCUCAAUAGAUAAUGCUCGAAGGAAAACUUUCUGGGAAGUUGGCAGGUCGCUGUGGCGGCAGCAGGGUGUAACUGGGCUCUAUCGUGGUUGUGGUAUUACGUGUGCCCGGUCUGCCCCCAGUUCCGCUUUUAUCUUCUCCAUUUACGAAGGACUACGUUAUUACUUUGGUUAA